UAGCUCUUCAACUGAAAUAAUAUUGAAAAAGCUAGAUCAUCCGGGAGUAUAUACAACUUUUUUAAGGUGUUGGCAACAUGUGGAACAUUUUCUUUUAUAUUCUGGUAAAUGCACUUUUCACUCAGACAAGUGGUAAAAGUCAUUAUGGAAGAGAGUUUAUUUUCGGAAUUCCCCACAAUGCAGAGACUACCUGUGGGGACGUGUCAAUAACUAUAGCUUCGUCAUCUUCAGGCAGCUAUAAUAUAAGCAUACCAUUUCUAAAUUUAGACAAAGGUGGACCGAUUGGGAAAUUAACAGAAAUUAAGAUAAAUUGCAGUAUUGCACGGUUUGGAAAUUUUAUAGAAAACCGCGGGAUUUAUCUUACCACCAGCCAUGACGUAUCCGUAUACGCAACUAAUUAUAAUGAAGGUAGUGCCGAUUCAUUCCUUGUUUUGCCUGUAUCAGCGAUUGGACAGUAUUAUACAGUCGCUGCGUAUGAGCCCUUACGAUCAGAAAACAUAUUCAUAAUGGUCGUAGCCACCAAUUCUACAACUCAAGGAUAUAUUAACGACGGAAACUCCUUGCAUAAUUUUACAUUAAAUCAACUUGAUGUUUUUCAAUUCACCACCGUUAUUGACAUUCAGGGUAUGUCAGUCACGUCAGACAAGCCAGUCACAGUGAUAUCUGGAACUAAGUGUGCGAACAUUCCACAUGGUGUUGGAUAUUGUGAUAUUAUAACUGAACAAAUGCUUCCACUUCAGGCCUUAGACAAUAUUUAUAUUGUACCACCUACACCACCAAAGGAAGCGUAUGAGCUCAAAGUUACACAUUUUAAUAGUUCAGUAACUGAUUCAACAUGUUUUCAUAAUAUUUCGAAAACUGUUUGUAGGCACGACUCAUCCGUUUUUAUAAGAAUGGGCAACACACCGACUGUAGUUGUAUCAAAGAGUAUCAUUUCCGUCUUCCAAUUUGGCUUUGGCAAGUUGUAUCCAAAAGUGAAUAUAGGAGACCCUUUUAUGACUGUAAUACAAGGUCUUCAGAAUUUUUUAAAUGCUUAUUAUUUUGCGAUUCCCAGUGUUUACAUAAAUGCCAGUAACCAUAUUUCUGUAAUCAUACCAAAGGUGAAUAUGGAUGGACUUAUUCUUGACGAAUCAAAUUUAACAGAUGCACAAGAGGACAUCUUUAAUGUAUCGGCACCAUUAGAUAAUUACACUGUUUUAAUAAUGAACGUAAGUUUCGGAUUUCACCACAUUUACCAUAUUAAUAGCAAUGUUAAGUUCGGACUACAAGUGUAUGGACUAGGAGAAAUAAACGCUGUAGGGUAUGGGUAUCCGGGAGGGAUGCAGUUGUCCAACUUCGUUACAAUGUCAGCUGCAUCUAAUUCACCUAACAUAAACUCAACCCAUGCAGAAAAUCUACAGGCAUCAUCGACGGCACAGUCCAAGACACCUUCAACUUUUCAAAGUUUAGCCUCCAAUCAGUCUACUAUAUCGAGUAUCAUUAACACGCCUGUUCAUUUCCAUACUGACACGUCCACUAUAAAUGGAAACACUGCCCUACACAAUGACACUAAUGGAACCGAAACAUUUCUGCAAAAUUCAAGCAGCAGUACAGAAGGGGAUUCGCUUGGCAUCAUACUUGGGUCUGUUUUUGGGAUAAUAGCUGUUUUAUCUACGGUUGCCUGCACGCUGUUCUUCCUGUUGAAAAGGAAGAAAAUGAGAACGUCUUCUGUUCAACCAGAAAAUGAGGUUAACGAUGAGCCACCCAAGAUGUUGGAGAAUCAAGAUAACAGCGAGAUAUCUCUAUCUAGCGACACUGAAGGGUUGGGAAAAGGCGCGGAAAAUGUUAAUUAAAAUACAUGUACAUUGUAUACUUUAUUACAUACUGCUUACUUUAUAUGUUCUAUCCUUGUUGGAUUAAAGAAACAUAACAUAUUUUUAUUAGUAAUAUUCUUAUCAGCUUAAAAGUAUUAUUGUCAAGAAAUUGAAAUGAAAGCAUUUCAAAAUACACAUGUAUCUUUCUGUAUACCCUCUUUAUGCACUUAAAUACAGAACAUUGUAUUAUCUAAUGUUAUAUUAUUAUCAUCAUUCAAAUGUAAAUGUCAUUCAUUUUCACAUUUUUUGUUUAACAAAAUAAUUGCAAUAUUUUAUUUAUUAAAAAGAAUGAGAACGUUUAUCCGAAAUGAAUUUCUGAUGAGAACUUAAAAUAAGAAAAAUCUUUACAACAGUUGUGUCAUCUGCCCUGUUUCCCAUUCCAAAACAGUAUAAACUAUAAUUAUAUUUUGGUUAGGAAACAUUUUCGUCAAAGCAGAUUUGUAAUAUCAUCACUUAAUUAAGUGCAGUAACGGGUUCGAUUCUUACAUACUUUAAUCCGAGUUAACACGUUACUUCAGUUAUAUACUGUAGUUUGAAUAUUUCAGUUUGAUUUCCUUUUAUCAUAAAAUAACAAGUGUCCCAAAUUAGAAACUUUUUCACGCAAAUAUAUUUAAACAAAUUAAAUGUUUGUUAAUAGAAAAAGAACUAAAAUCCAAUGCAAAAAGGUUAACAUAAAUACCAGUGAUGUUUGCACAGGCGGAUCUGAUGCUUAACUUACUCAGCUAAGCAGGUCAUCUUGUCACAACAAUAGGGUGUACAAAGGAGAUAGACAAGCAUGAGUGAGGUUGCAAGAAAUACCUAUUUAAGCAUGAUAUAAACUGGUUUGUAUGAAUAAUUCUUAACACUUACAUGAGAUUGGUCUCUAUAUUCAAAAGCAUCAAAUAAAAUCAAAAUAUUCGACAUCAUGUUUCUUUUAUUUAAAAUAGAAUUUCUCUU